CCCGUUCCAUCCAUUCAAAGCGCUCUGCUCUCUGCCCCGCCCGCCGGCUCAUCUCCGCGCGCAGAGGCAGCGUCGCAGCGAGCACACACCACCUUCGAUCCCUCCUCCUCCUCCUCCUGCUUCUUCUCUCGCGUACACGGCUGCGCGUGUGACGAUGGCGAGGACGUCGUCGUCGCCGACGGCGACGAGGCUGCCGCUGCUGCUUGUGCUGCUGUCGUCGCUGGCCUUGCAGGCGGCGGCGCAGAAGUACAAUGCGGUGUACAGCUUCGGCGACUCGAUCACGGACACGGGGAACCUGUGCACCAACGGGCGGCCCUCGGCGAUCACCUUCACGCAGCCGCCCUACGGGGAGACCUACUUCGGGAGCCCCACCUGCCGCUGCUCCGACGGCCGCGUCAUCGUCGACUUCCUCAGCACCAAGUACGGCCUCCCCUUCCUGCCCCCCUCCAAGUCCACCUCCGCCGACUUCAAAAAGGGCGCCAACAUGGCCAUCACCGGCGCCACCGCCAUGGACGCCCCCUUCUUCCGCUCCCUCGGCCUCUCCGACAAGAUCUGGAACAACGGGCCCAUCAGCUUCCAGCUCCAGUGGUUCCAGACCAUCACCUCCUCCGUCUGCGGCAGCAGCUGCAAGAGCUACCUGGCGAACUCGCUCUUCAUCUUCGGGGAGUUCGGGGGGAACGACUACAACGCGAUGCUGUUCGGCAACUACAACACGGACCAGGCGAGCACGUACGCGCCGCAGAUCGUGGACACCAUCGGCGCCGGCGUGGAGAAGCUGGUCGCGAUGGGGGCCGUGGACGUGGUGGUGCCGGGGGUGCUCCCCAUCGGCUGCUUCCCCAUCUACCUCACCAUCUACGGCACCUCCAGCGCCGCCGACUACGACGCCCUCGGCUGCCUCAAGAAGUUCAACGACCUCUCCACCUACCACAACAGCCUGCUGCAGGCCAAGGUGUCCGCCCUCCAGGCCAAGUACAAGUCGGCGCGCAUCAUGUACGCCGACUUCUACGCCGGGGUCUACGACAUGGUCCGGAGCCCCAGCAAAUACGGGUUCAGCUCGGUGUUUGAGGCGUGCUGCGGGUCGGGGGGAGGCAAGUACAACUACGCCAACAGCGCGCGGUGCGGCAUGUCCGGCGCCUCCGCCUGCGCCAGCCCGGCGUCCCACCUCAGCUGGGACGGCAUCCACCUCACCGAGGCCGCCUACAAGCAGAUCACCGACGGCUGGCUCAACGGCGCCUACUGCCACCCCGGCAUCACCCACUAGCCAGCCACCUCACCUCAGUUCGUGCAUGGGCGCAUCAGCGAACGCAUCGUCGUCGUCCGUGGAUCAAUCAUUAAUCAAUCAAUCAAUCGAUUAUUAUUAUUAUUAUUAUUAUUAUUAUUAUUUGAUCAGUCGGGUUAAUUAUGACGUGCCUGGGGACUGGCUAAGGCUGGGUUCCCGGUCUGAUCCGGUGGCAAAAAAUCGGGGCGCGUGUGUGGUGAUGACUGAAGAAAGUUAAAAAAAUGACGGCAACUGUCGUGGAACAGUACUGCCCGUGUUGGUGUCAGCCUGUAAUAAUCUGAUAAUUGUUUUGUUCCAUGGAAAAA